AAACGCUUCUCUAUCACCUCUAGCGGCAUGAGCGAGAGCACCGGCUGCGGGAGCACCAAUGACGAUGAGGAGAUGGAGCUGGGCGCAGGCACGGUGCCGCCCAUCUCUUCCAGCGCACCCAUCGACGACGGACAGUUUGCUGCCAAUAUAGAUCUCAGGUACGGAGGACAAUAUCUGACGCCGGAGCAGUUGCCAGAGUUCUGUGACCAGCUUCAUCACCUGGUCGAGGUUAUCAGAAACAUACAGUCUUAUGCGAAAGUCACGGGGGAGUAUCCAAGUAAACUAGAGCGCCGUUUGGAAGAGGAGGCGCGCGAGGUGUCAGCACUGGCGGCGGAGGCGCGCAACGCUCGGGAGGUGGUGGCUCGCGCGCGCACUCAGCGCCGGGCGGUGCGCGCGCAGAGGAAACAUCUCACCGCGCAUCUCGCCAGUCUGCGGGAGACUGAGGUUCGUGAACUGGAAAGCACCGUGCGGCUGUCGGAUAGGAAACUGUACAAGAGUUGGGAGGUGCUCAAAGACUCCACCGACCCUGUGGUCUUCGAACCUUUGCUCGAUGAAGUUAAGAACAAGCAAACGGCACUGGAAUGUCUCGUUCGUUUGAUAGAAAGCCGACAGUCUGCUCUCGCUCGCACAACAGCGCCACCACAACCGUUACCUCCACCGGAACCGAGUGGACAAUGA